CGGCCUAGAAGUAUAGAAGAAUUGGGCGUAUUGUCAGAUGCUAGAAUUAGAGCAGCGAGAGCAAAGGGUGAAUUUGACAAUCUACCAGGCAGAGGGAAGCCUCUGAAAGAAGAUCCACUGAUCAAUAAUCCUUUUGUCGACAGAACAGAAUACUUUUUGAAUCGUAUAAUUCAGCGAAAUGGAGCUGCACCUCCUUGGGUGAUAAUGCAGCAGGAAGUGGAUACAGAAGUUUCUAGCCUACGAUCGCAGUUAAAUUCCGCCCUGAAGCGCUGCGCGAACGAAGUCAAGGACCGUAGUAAUGCAACUUUAAGUAAAGAUUCACUAUUCAAGCAAUUUGAGCAAUUGGAAAAGCCUUAUUUUAGCAAAGAGGUGAAUCGCAUUAAUUUAAGAGUUCGAAGUUAUAACGUGAUGUGCCCCGAACCUGUUAGAAAGCCACUACUGGAAUUUGAGAAAGAACUCCAA